UCCUGCCCCAGCUGCUCCGCUCGCCUCGCCUCGCCUCGCCUGCGCGCAGCACACACUACACGAACGCCCCCCCUCCCGCAGUCCCGCACUACGCACCCCGUUUGUCCCCGUCCCAAUCCCCUUUGCGCCACGGAUUGCGACGAGCAGAUAGAUCUGUGUCCAUCCGUCCCCUUUCCUCCCCUAUCGUCACCUGUUUUCCACCCCCACCGAGCAAAUCCUUAGCGGCCAAGUCUUCCGAGCUCGGGAGGUUCUAACUUCUAAACGCGCCCCGAGAAAAGGCGGACGCACUCGCUGCUGCUGCUGCGCGCUUGCUUUCGGUGGCGAGCGUCCCGGUAAAGCGGCGACGGCGGCUGAGGUUGGACUUGCUGGUUGUGCAGUGCUGCCGUGGAGACAUCAAUUUUUUUUGCAGGAAGUGUACAGUCGCGAGAGGCGCAAGAGUGGAAUUUUCUUGGUGUGGCUGUAAUCCUCAGGGUUCCAUCAUUCAUCAGAGUGUCAACAGAUCGAAGGAACGUGAGCCAUUUUGUCCCCUUCGUUCCGUGGAAUUACUUGCCUGGUGAUGCCCGCAUUGGAGGAUUGUUGAAGAAUAUGCUUCUGGCGAUGAGCAAGCCGGUGGCACGGGCGCUGUGCGUGUCCCCGGCGGCCCUGAUUGCUUCCGCCGCCAUCGUGCUGCUGCUCUCCGCGUUGCCACUUUGUCAGCCCUACACUUAUGAGCAAGACGUGUUCGCGAUAAAUGGCUUGUACACGGCGCUCGAAUCACCAACGCUGCCUAACUGGACUACAAACGGUGGUGACCCCUGCAGUGAGGGUUGGCAGGGUGUUUCAUGCGCAGUGUCGAAUAUUACCUCCAUAAUUCUGAAUGGAGUAAAUUUGGGCGGACAGCUGGGUAAUACGUUAGAGAAUUUCACGUCGUUAAUCACCUUAGAUCUUAGCAACAACAAUAUUGGCGGAACCAUACCAGAUGGUCUACCAGUCACAUUGCAGCAAUUUUUCCUUUCAGCUAACCAGCUAAGUGGUAGCAUUCCAAAUACAUUGUCAUCACUUACACUUUUGACAAGCAUGUCGCUCAAUAACAAUCAUUUGACUGGAGAGAUACCAGAUGUAUUUUCCGCACUCACUGGACUUGCAAAUUUAGAUUUUUCUUCGAACAACUUGACCGGUCCGUUGCCACCUUCAAUGGGAAACUUGACAGCAUUGACUAGCCUGCAUAUUCAGAACAAUCAAAUAUCUGGAACCCUUGAUGUGCUGCAAGAUCUUCCUUUCCAAGAUUUGAACAUAGAAAACAAUCUUUUCUCUGGUCCUGUGCCUGUGAAGUUACUGAACUUGCCAAACUUUAAGAAGGAUGGGAACCCAUUCAAUACCAGCAUAGCCCCAUCUGCACAGCCUCCUGUGGCACAAACACCAUUACCAUCAGUCUCACCUUCAGCAGGGCAUGUCCCAUCAAAAGAACCUGUAAAUUCUACAAAUGUUCCAGAAGGAAGUAGUCCAGCAUCAGGAAAACAUACUGUUUCUAUAGUCAAAUUGGUCGGAUAUAUACUUAUCGGGGUGGUAUCAGCAGUAGUUUUUGUGCUAAUAGUAAUGUACUGUUUAUCCAUGUACAAAGAAAGAAAGUCAAGGGAUGAGGUUUAUACAAAAAGCCAGAUGGGAAGGGUGUCUCAGGGGCUUGGAGAGCCUAAAAUCAAGGAAGUGGCAGAAAUCAAGGAGCCGCCAGUAAAACUCAAGAACAAUGUUGAGAAAGCUUCAAAUGUGGUUUCUGAUGCAAAGGAGGAUCAGAAGUUGAAUAUGCCAACAGCAGCAGCUUCCAAUGUGGUUUAUGAUUCAAGGGAUGGGCAGAAGUUAGAUUCAUCAAUGACUGCUGAUCCUGGGGUUGUUACAGUGAAACAAAACGAGCAUGUAAUUGACAUGGAAAGAACUGACAAUUUUGUUGAGGAACGACUACAUCCUCCACAGCCAGUUGUGAUGUGUACUGAAAAAGUCACUGUCAAUUCCAGUGUUCGUACUAGAAAGGGAAGAGUACCUUCAGUUGGAAAGGUGGACCUGAUAACUACUGUCAAGUCCUUUUCCAUUUCAUCCCUUCAACAAUAUACAAAUAGUUUCAGUGAACAAAAUUUGAUAAGAGAUAGCAGGUUCGGCAAGGUAUAUCUGGCAGAGCUUCCUGAUGGAGAGCAGCUACUGGAAGUUUUGAAGAUCGACGCUUCUUAUUCAAAAAUACCAGCAGAUGCCUUUCUAGAGCUGGUUGUGAACAUUUCUGAACUGAGGCAUCCUAAUGUACUUGGGCUUGUCGGAUACUGUGCGGAAUUUGAGCAGCGGCUACUUGUCUAUGAGCACUGUAGUAAGAUGAUCCUACAUGAUGAACUCCAUUAUGUAGAUGACUCAAACAACGCAUUAUCAUGGAAUGCUCGCCUCCAAGUUGCUGUGGGGGCAGGGAAAGCUUUACAAUAUCUCCAUGAAGGCUGCCAACCACCAAUUGUACACCAGAAUUUUGAACCAUCUAUCGUUCUUCUCAACAGCACCUUAGUUGUGCAUGUUUCCGAAUGUGGCCUGGCAGCAUUGGCAUCGAAAUCAGCGUCUCAGUUAUCUGGCCGUAUGCGCACCUUAUUCCAUUAUGAAGCCCCUGAAGUACAUGAAUCUGGAUCAUUAAGUGAUAGAAGUGAUGUCUACAGCUUUGGUGUUGUUAUGUUGGAACUUCUUACAGGGCGUAAACCAUAUGACAGUUCACGUCCACGUGCUGAACAACAUCUGGUGCGAUGGGCCACUUCUCAGCUCUACGAUAUUGAUGCCAUAUCGAAAAUGGUAGAUCCUUCCAUUAAAGGGCAAUGUUCCGAAAAGGCAUUGUCACGUUUAGCUGACAUUAUUAGCCGCUGUAUUCAGCAUGAACCAGAAUUUAGGCCACCAAUGUCUGAAGUUGUCCAAGACUUAGCUCGCAUGGUAAGAAAUGCAACGAAGGCUUCCAUGUAGGCGCUCCUUGAAGGAGAAAAAAACUUGUAGGCUUGUGCUGAGAAUGCUAUAAUCCACCUCAUUUUGGAAUCGGAAUGCCAUGAGGAACCAUGUUGCCUGGUUGCGAAGAUGCCUUUGGUGAAUGGUGAUCAUUGCUGCAGUAGUAGGAUGAAGGAUUGUGUGAUACGUAGAUUCCUCAACAUUUUCUGACCGAUGCAAGAAGGAUGGAGGACGCAGCAGCAGGGUGCAAGAAUGCACCUCAUUGUCCAUUGCCAAUAAUGCUCCUCCGAUCGAUUUAUGCUUCGAAACCAUUGUUGUAAUUAUGUAGUCCGCAGUAUCACCAUUUGUUAGUGCCGGUUCAGGAUCACUUGACGUGAUCUGCAUGGUUCUCUAGACCGUAUGUAAAUACCGAUAAGAGAAACACUUGUGUUAAGAGUCUAUUUUACUCUUAUUAAAUUUUACUUCGUGUUGACGAUUGAGUGCA